CAGGUCCUACUUGUCAUUCAGAUAUCCCAGGAAUUUAACACAAGGAACCUGCUAGCGCGACACAACAAGCACCUUUUGAGUUAGAAACACGGCUUCCAAACAGAGGAGCUGCCGUAACAUUUGCUGGUUAUUGAAACAGGGGAGGUUCUGGAAAAAGCAGAAGCUACAGACUGCGGAGCAGCAUGCAGAUGUGAAGCCAGACAUCAGAGGCUCUGAUCAUCAGCUCGGUUCUGGACAGGUGACAUCUUCAUCCUUUUUUUAACGUCCAUAUAAAUGCUUGUACAUGAGGAGAGGAGAGAAACCCGAAGGACACAGGCAGAUGAGACCCAAAACUUUCCCCACCAGCAACUACAGCGGUAACAGCCAGCAGAUGCUGCAGGAAAUCCGGAACAGCCUGCGGAAUUUGUCCAAACCCUCCGACCCUCCUAAAGCGGAGCCUGUAGGACAAGCAAAUAUGCUCCCAGAGGACCCCAGGCAUCAGGGGCGCACCAGCAACCCAAAACACUCCUACCAUAAGGCAUUACAGGAGAUCCGCAAGACCCUGGCGCCUUUUGAAGUGAAUGUUUCAUCUAGUAGUGAUUCUACCACUUCAGGCUCUGAUUUUAAGCAAAUAUCGCUGGAACCAAGUGCUGGGUUUGAGGAGCCCAGCAGCAGCAGCCGCCGCGUUGCCUCAGACCAAAUGGUUAAGAUGAAUUACCAGGACUCCAGGGAGCAGAAGGCUGCGGCUAACAACUCUACAGGCCUAAAAGCACCAGGACCUUCUCACAAGCAGCAGGCUGUGCUGAGGAAGCUAAGUUGGAAGGGAUCGAAGGAGUCUCUGGCUCCUCGAUUGGGUCCUCUCAAGGUAGAAGGAAUAAUGUACCGUUCGGACAGCCCUGGACCACCUCCCGUUUACCCACAGGGCCCCUCUGCCAACAGCCAGAGAGUAAACCCUCCACUGCAUCCUCAGAUGCGCAGUGUCACACCUCCACCAAACCGUGGCGGCAUGCCGCCAACAUCCUCUCGGGAAAACAAUCCAUCCAAGCGCUACUCUGGGAACAUGGAGUACGUUGCUCAGCGGAUUUCUCCAGUUCCGCAGCCCGGCUGGCCUGAUGGUUAUCAGAAUCCGUCCCCCCAGAACCAGCGUGGGAUUAGCGCUUCAGGCCACCAGCCCAUCAUCAUGCAAAGCUCUGGUGGAAACAAGUUCACCUUCCCUUCCACUUGGACUCAGAAUGGUCCCACUCAGCCAGAGUACAUACAGGGCGGCAGCAGACAACUGCCUCCCCCUUACCCUGUAAACAGCCGACAUAGCCCAACGGAGCAGGAGCAGGCUGCGGGACCCACAUCCUCUCCCUCUUAUCUAAAUGGUGGAAACAUCCCUUCGUCAAUGUUGGUUUCAGACCGAAACAGUCACAACCUCGAUAUGUACAACCUGGGUCCUCCACAGCUGUGGUCCCAGGCCCCUCUGGCCUCCAAUCAGCCACAGUCUGCAUCCGGUAACAGUAGCAACCAGGACCUGUCCCCGUCGUGGCAACACAACAUGCCGGGUCGCUCCAAAUCUUUCAACAAGCACCAGAUCAACGGUAGCCCUGCUCAUUCAUCCGGCUCCCAGCCUUCUGCCACCACCGUUACUGCCAUCACGCAGGCUCCCAUCCUGCAGCCAGUGAAAAGCAUGCGUGUCCAGAAACCUGAACUACACACUGCUGUCGCUCCUACACACCCACCAUGGAUACAGCAGGUUACCCCAUCCCCGCCUGCACCCGCCUACCCCGAUCCCUCACCUGCUGUACCUCAGAUUGAAGUGCCCAGCUAUCAAGGCCCACCUCCACCGUAUCCUAAGCACCUUCUCCCCACGUCCUCCCCACCGGCAUAUGACUCUGCAGCCACAAAGCAUGGCACAGGCAGGGAGGAGGCUGCGGAGGAGAUCAGCAAUGGGGACAAGGCGGCGGAAAGCGCCGACAGCUCUGCGGUGACUGAGAAGGAGAGGAAGCAGAUCACUACGUCCCCCGUCCCAGUGCGUCGCAACAAGAAGGACGAGGAGCCCAGAGGGGAGUCGGGAAGAAUUAAUCUGUACUCCCCUCAGGCCUUCAAAUUCUUCAUGGAGCAGCAUGUGGAGAACAUCCUGAAGAAUCAUCAGAUGAGGAUCCGGAGGAGGAAGCAGCUAGAAAGUGAGAUGCAGAGGGUGGGUUUGACCUCAGAAGCUCAGGAGCAAAUGCGAAUGAUGCUCUGUCAGAAGGAAUCCAACUACAUCCGUCUUAAGCGUGCCAAAAUGGACAAGUCUAUGUUCAAACGGAUCAAGACGCUCGGCAUCGGAGCUUUUGGGGAGGUUUCCCUGGCGAGGAAAGAGGACACAGGGGCGCUGUACGCUAUGAAGACGCUUCGCAAGAAGGACGUGUUGCUGAGGAACCAAGUGGCUCACGUAAAGGCUGAGAGGGACAUCCUGGCCGAGGCUGACAACGAGUGGGUGGUGCGCCUUUACUACUCCUUCCAGGAUAAGGACAACUUGUACUUCGUCAUGGAGUACAUUCCAGGCGGUGACAUGAUGAGCCUCCUCAUUAGGCUCGGCAUCUUCCAGGAAGAGCUGGCUCAGUUCUACAUCGCAGAGCUCACCUGCGCUUUGGAGAGCGUGCACAAGAUGGGCUUCAUCCACAGAGACAUCAAGCCUGACAACAUCCUGAUAGACAGAGACGGACACAUAAAGCUGACGGACUUUGGCCUCUGCACUGGUUUCCGCUGGACCCACGACUCCAAGUAUUACCAGAGCGGGGAUCAUGUGAGGCAGGACAGCAUGGACUUCAGUAAGGAAUGGGAAGAUCCGGCCAACUGUCGCUGUUCCAAUCGCCUGAAACCCCUGGAGAGGAGGAAGGCCCGGCAGCACCAGCGUUGCCUGGCCCACUCCCUGGUGGGAACGCCUAACUAUAUUGCUCCAGAGGUUCUGCUCAGAACAGGAUACACCCAGCUGUGUGACUGGUGGAGUGUUGGUGUCAUCCUGUAUGAAAUGGUUGUUGGACAGCCUCCAUUCCUGGCAAACACACCCCUGGAGACGCAGAUGAAGGUGAUUAACUGGAAGAGCACGCUGCACAUCCCCCCUCAGUGCAAGCUCAGCCCAGAAGCCUCCGAUCUCAUAGUUAAACUGUGUCGCGGCCCAGAGGACCGCCUUGGGAAGAACGGCGCAGACGAGAUCAAAGCUCAUCCUUUCUUCAAGAGCGUCAACUUCUCCAGCGACCUACGACAGCAGGCGGCUCCCUACAUCCCCACCAUCGCUCACCCAACGGACACCUCCAACUUUGACCCCGUGGAGCCAGAAAAGCUGCGCAGAAGCGACGACGAGAGCAACCACAACGACACUCUGAGCGGUUGGUUCCGCAACGGGAAGCACCCCGAGCACGCCUUUUAUGAAUUCACCUUCCGGCGCUUCUUCGACGACAACGGACACCCCUACAGCUGCCCCAAACCCAUCGAGUACGAAGGCUGCGACGAGGACGAGGCGGAGAUGGACGGCACGGAUCAGGAGAAACAGGGCAGAGACCUGGUUUAUGUGUAGUUCCUUAUAAACAGAUCUUUUAACGUGAGUGAAGGGAGGUUGCAAGAUAAAGCAUUUAAAACCGUGAAAAUAGGAAGAAUAUGUCGGAGAAUUCGAACAAAGCAGCACAGUAGCAUUAAACCACAUUGAAAUGUACAAACGAAGAGCUAGCAGAACUUGAUCUCUAGAAAUGGAACUGACCUGGAGUCAGAAAAACUAAAAAGCAUGAUGACAGGAGGAAAGAUGUCUGAAAAGCUUUGAAAUGCCCAAUUAUUAACAGGUAAUUACAAGAGCCUCCAAACCUUAUAAAGAUAGUUUGUUGGCAUGGAAACCAGGACCCUCCUCAGUGUGGGACUAUUACGGCAGCUCGCGGUUAUACUUCACUAUCAGAGAGGUGUUUAAAAAUAAAUGAGAGGGAGCACAGUAAUUUAACAAGCUGUUUUUCCAAUACAACUGCUAGGCUGCAUUUUCUAUAAGGUGUUGACGCAUGUUUUAUAAAAGUGAGAGUGAGAGGCUUUAAGCAAAUAACAGGAAGGUUAAGGUAUUGCAGUGUUGCGCCGUUUGAUCUUUUAAAUAUUGGCUAGUGAAAAGCGUCAGGACUUUAAAUAUUACGGCAUUCUGUUAUUGAGAUAAAGGUAAACGAUACUACCAAGUAUUAAAUGAAUCACAGUUAUUGUUUGGCAAUAGUGUCACUUGAAGUAUUGAUAAACUGCAUUAAAUCAUAUUAAAUCUGUAUUGACAUUCUUGUGGCCCAACAUUAGCAGACAUGGUAAAAGUCAUAUUUUCAACCAUACUGAAUGUUUGCAAACAUUUAUUAAAAUUAAUUUCCCAGGAUGUAGAUACUUGCAGCUUUCAAUCUAUGUUUCUAUCAUCCAGCAGGAAGGCUUGAACAGAAUGCAGGUCCUAAAUCCUCUUAAAGUGGAAUCCAUUGGGCAUUAAUCAACGUUAGAAGGUGAAAGAUUAGCCAAAAAUUCUGAUUGGGUUUCAAAUCCUGAGAAAUUUACAUCAGUAAGAAGUAAUUGUAAAAUUUUAAACGAUGGAUUUUUGACUAACAGCUCUUAUUCUUGGUCUUGUCAGCAUCAUUUCUCAGUUUUGGAUGUUAUGUUUUUUUCCCCUCCAGUUCUGAUAGAAAUUAGUCCUUCGCUAAAACAGCAGUUAAUAGAUUUUUUCUCUCUCUUCCAAACCCAGUUUUGCGUGCAAAUGAAAAUAGUUGCUUAAUGGUUUGUUAAUUUUUAUUGAAUGAUUUUGUUCUCAUAAUAGGAUCAGAUAUGCUGUCUUCAGGCGAAACUAAUCACAAUCAUACAUCUUCCCAGUUUUUGAUGUAAAUAAUAUGCACUGUGAGUGUUGACUAACCCUUCGACAAGAAAACAGGAUUAAAAUGAUCAGGGUGCCAUUUUUUUUAUUGACAACUUAUCGCAACCGCCCCAUAGCGCUUUAAUUUAUUGACACUAGAGUAGAUGCUGCUUGAGUCUAUUAUUUGUCUUAAUUUAUAUUUUCAGUUGUUGCAAUGGGGGUGCUUAGAAUCAUGGCUCGUAUUAUUCACAGGGAUAAAUUGUUCUAAUCAGUUUUCAUUGCUGUGCCUUUUUUUUUUUUUUCACCAAAUAUUACAAGGGUUAAUAAUCAGUCUGGCAUUUUAAAACGUAGCAGUAGUUGAUUGUACUACAUUAGUUUUGUUUUUUAUUUUUCUAAUUUAUACUUAAAUGUAUUUAUAAAUUAAGUUGUACACCACGGAUGUAAAUAUUUUCUGUUCCCUUUGAACUCAUUUUUCCUCCCCUCCUUCUGGACAGACCCUGGUCUGUGUACCGCUGCUGUCUUUAGUCAUUAUGUACUUUUUAUUUCCGACACUAUUUUACUUUGACUAGGUUUAGUUAUUCUGCAAACCAAAGCACUAAACAAGGUUUUCCUCAUUUUUUUUUAAUGCUGUUUCUAGGUACCUAACAACUACAUCCUUUGGGCUCCUCACUGUGACUUUAGUAAAAUAAUAAAACACUAAAGUUACAUUAUUUUUUAAAUACAAAACUGUAUUCUUGAUCAUAAAUAUUACUUCCUUGCUGUACUUUUACUGUGUAGGAAUCUCUGAAUGUAGUUCUGGUUGAUUUAAUAAUGACCACUGUCAUUAUGCACUGGUUGUUUUGUAAUUGUUGAGAGAAAUUUAUUUUUGUGUACAUUUUUUGUUGUGGAAAUUUUUGGGAAGAGGGUAAUAAUAAAAAGAACUUUAGAGCUGAUCCGUUU